AUUUUUGCCCAGUAAUGGAUAUUUGCUUCCAUAUUGACAAUUACGUGUAAUUAACGAUACCAGGAAUAAGUUAAUCGCGGUGUCACGAUUCGUGGGUGCUGCUGCUUAUAAUUAUUUAAUGUCAAAUUCAUUUGUAUACAACAUAAUAUACGUGUACUCAUUCCAAAGUUUUGAGAAAAUAGUAAGGUAUCAUGGUAGCUAUGGAUACUGAUAAAUUCGUACAUGUAUUGGAGAUGAUUUUAAUUUCGAUUGGGAUUUUAGCAUCAUUUUUUUUUUCUGUAUAAACUUUUUCGAUUAUUACGUUUGUUCGUAAUUUUUUCUCUUUCUAAAUAUUAUGCUGUUGAUUUGAAAAAUUAUGGAAAACGGAAACAGAAUCGCGAUUAGAGAGACGAGAUGAUCUCUCAAGACGUAAACAAAUGAUUAACCAAUCAGAGAUCGGCUUGUGAGAGACAACAGACGAGAGACGAUGACCAGAAUACGGUUCCAGUAUUAUUAGUCUAAAAUAACGAAGCGUCGAAGGUCAGUGACGAAACCUGGUUGGAGCCGUAGGGCGAUACAACCAAUAUAAACAUUACUUUUAUAUCAUACACGUACAGUACUCUGAUUUCGAAGUUCUGCGAUAAUAGUUAGAAAGUAUAGUAGUGAUGGAUACUAAUAAAUUCGUUCAGAUAUACGAAAUGAUUUUAAUAUCGAUUGGGAUUUUAGCAUCAUUUAUUUUACUGUAUAAACUUUUUCGAUUAUUACGUUUGUUCGUAAUUUUUUCUCUUUCUAAAUAUUAUGCUGUUGAUUUGAAAAAUUAUGGAGAAUGGACCGUUGUGACCGGUGGAAAUUCGGGAAUUGGAAAAUCUUACGCUUUGCAACUGGCUCAACGCGGAAUGAACGUCCUCAUCGUUGGCAGAAAGUUGGAUACUUUGAAACAGACCAAGAAAGAAAUCCAAGACAAUUACCGAGUUCAAUGUGAGUACCUACAAAUUGAUUUUACUGAAAACGAAAACAUUUACACCAAGUUAAAGCAACAACUAGAGGACAGAAACGUCGGUAUUCUGGUUAUUUCUGCUGGUAUUAUUGGUAAUGCUCCGUGUUAUUUUCUCGAAGAAACCCACGAAAACGUAAUUGCCAUGAUACAAUUACACAUUCGAGCCGUAGUAAAAAUGGUUGAUUUAGUUAUUCGGUCGAUGUUAGCAAAACAGAGUGGUGCUGUAGUUAUUGUAUCGUCCGCAUCUUCGAAAUAUCCCGAAUCAUUAAUGAGUGUUUAUGCAUCAUGCAAAGCAUUUUCAGACCACUUCGGCAGAGCAAUUUCUUGGGAAUUCAGAAAACACGACGUUCACGUUCAAUCACUUGUUCCUUAUUACGUCUCGACCAAUAUGAUAAAAUCUUUUGAAAAAUAUCUUGGACCACUAAGAUACUUUAUAUUUUCUAGUGAUGAAUUUAGUAAAAGCGCCGUGAAUACAAUUGGAAUCCACAACUACACAACAGGGCAUUGGAAACACGAACUUCUGAGUAUUUUAUUGAGUUUUCUUCCUAACUUUCUUCGUGCACAUAUUGGUAAGAACAUAUCUGAAGCAAUACGUUUUAAGCGAUUAAAGAACUAUUAGCUUGACAUUACACUUCUGAAAACUGUCCAUGAACUGCAAGAAUCCGAAAAGCUUGUAUUCAAGUAUAUUUUUUAUAUAGAUGAUUCUUACAAGCAACUGGAGUACGAAAAAAUUAUUACGUUUAUAUGGUUUCUCUAUAGAUGUGUUAUGUUCUGUAUAUUAUUAUUGUUAAUAUUUUAACAUUAAUGGUAAAUAAAGUAUGUUACUAGCAUUUUUAACAUGUCAAAAAGGCAGUGUCCAUAAUCGCGUUUACACUGAUAUUUAGACAGCCAGAUGGCAAAGCGGAAAGGGAAGAUGUCUAAACAAUUAAAUUCUCAGUCUACCACAGGGGAACGAAUCCGUGUGGGGAAGAUUUGUAAAUAAUAUUUCAUAAAUGGUUUGUUAGAGGCUAGCUGAGGCUCUUAACUACUGUAAUUUCAAUUAUGAAACUGUUAAUUUUUUUCUUAAUUGCGAUUGUUAAGUAGCGAAAAUUAAUGGUGCCACUUGUGGUGCAAGGAGUCGCACUUGUGCUCUAAC